AUGAGGCGGUGCGAGGACCUAGAUAUCGUUCCGCAACAAGUAAAUGGUACAGCCUUCAGCGACCGUCAGCUCAAGUUGAGCUGGAAUGUUUCUCUUCUCGACGGCUACGAUCUCCAAAGGGCUGUCGCCUUUUCACUCGCUGGUGAUGCUGGAUAUUCGUGGAUUGCCUUUUGUCUCAACCCCACGUUCAUCCAGACCCUACAGGGUAUCGCUAGCGUCUACAUCCAGUGCUUCGCAAACGAUCCUAACUAUGAGCUUAAGCGCAAAGUUAACAACAAGGACACGAAUUUGAAUAAAGCAUCGCAGCUCCGUGAUUUGAAGGCCCUGAUGCCGGAUGCUAACAGCGUAGCAAAUUCUUCUGCGGUUGUUUCUGCCGCUGGCCAGGGUCCCGCGGACUCCAUUGGUCUUCCCCAGCUUCCCCAUCCCAAAGCUGGAGCGCCUACCUACUGGAACUCCAUAACACUCGGGCUGGAUGGCCUGCUUCCCAGGCUGUCCCCCUGUGGGCGGGACACCUCCUAUCAUCACUGA